AUGGUGAGGAGGAUGCAUCCCAGUUCAACCACCUCAACGCCUUUUUCUGUGAAGGAUAUUUUGAGGCUGGACUACCAUUAUGAAAAUUAUUUCUUGAUGACUGAUCAAGUUGUUCCAAUGCAUCACCAUCAGCGUGUGCGCACUGCGUCCCAAAACAGCGACCUGUACGACUGUCGGUCUGAGCGGUGCGUCUCUGCGACGCAGGAGAAGCUCGAUGCUCACAACUCAGCAGCAGAAGAGGACAUGAAUGAAAAAGAUAUAAGCAGUGUGGACAGUUUACCUGACUGUGACAGUGACACCAAAAGCAGAUCCAAGCUGCGCAGGAAGCCCCGGGUCCUGUUUUCUCAGUCACAGGUGUCCGAGCUGGAGAGGCGCUUCAGACAGCAACGCUACCUGUCUGCACCGGAAAGGGAGCAGCUGGCCCACAUUCUCAAACUUACUUCUACCCAGGUCAAAAUCUGGUUCCAGAACAGGAGGUACAAAUGCAAGCGUCAAAGGCAGGACAAGUCUCUGGAGCUGGCGGGUUAUCCACCUGCACCGAGGCGCGUAGCGGUACCAGUGUUGGUGAGGGACGGGAAGCUCUGCAGCGCAAAUUCCCAUUCAGCACCUUACAACGUCUCAUUUGGACACUAUCCAAUAUUUGGGUGUGGAAACAGCAGCUUGUACGGUUGUGGUUAUCACAGUGUUUCACCUCCAGCAAGUAUGAGUACUGCACAGAUGUCCAGCAACCUGGUGGAUUUAACAAGUACCACUGAGGGGCCUUUCGACCUCGGACAGUUUCAGGCUUCUUUGCAUGGCGUUAGAGGCUGGUGA